UAACUGAACUGGAUUCUCUUAUUGCGUAUUCCAGAUAAUAUUGGGGGAUGUUUUUUGCCAAAAGCGUCAGACAUGUCCAAGAGAGUUCUACAGAGGUCUCAAAUAUUUCACGCAAGGAUAUGUACACGGAAUUAAGAUUUUGGACGAAGCAAUAUCAGAGUUACAGCAAAAUGUUGGCAAUCGAUGCAAAAAAAAAAGUUGACGCCUCACAAACUUCAUAUUGAAAUCCAACAGGAUAAAAUUGUGGAAUCGUACUGAGUGUGUAAUUUAGGGUGACUACUUCAGAGGGAGCUUAUGUCUAACCACACUGUAAAACAUGGCCUAAGUUACCACUCUGCAGACUUUGCUCUCAGAGAACGGGGUUGUCAACAAGGUCACAGAUAGCUGAAAAUCCAGAUGUCUGCAGAGGGAAUAAUUAAAGCAAUAUGAAGGUCUCUUAAAACAUGGGUCUAUGCCUUGAUCAUGUUUAUGCAUUCAGUGCCGAUAAUGCAAAUGUUAAUUAUGGCACAGUUUGUUUUCAACCAUGGGUUUCAACCACGACCAAGAGAUGUCACGUGGAUGCCUCCUUGAUGAGGAGUUCCAGGUACCUCCCAUCAGGAUUAGAUCCCAGGGAUGACAGAAGACAUGCUGGAGAGACUUACAUGCCAGCUUGGCUGGGAACAUCUUUGAAUCCCUUUGGAACAGCUGGAGGAAGUGUCUAGGGAGACGCAAGUCUGGGGUUCCCAUCUAAAGCUACUGCCCCCAGGGCCCUACCUCAACAGUGGCACAAUACUUCAAUUGAACUGUAGCCAUCUGGAGACACGACUAACUGCUAAACAAGAGGGGUCCAAGAACUGACCCUUAAGGGACCGCACAGGAUGUGGGAGGAAACCGGAGUGCCCGGAGGAAACCCACGCAGACACGGGGAGAACAUGCAAACCCCACACAGAUACCGGAGGUUUCCAGGGGCUGAGUUGACCUCCAGGCAAAGACCGUGGCCACAGCACUUGAGACCCUUUCCGGGACUGGGCCUCGACGUUGCAUCUGGAGACUGAGGGUUGACGAGAAGCCGAAGGAAGUAAAGGCAUCUCUGGUGUUGGCAACCCACGGCUCCAGAGCUGCAUGUGGCCUUCAUUGGUAUUUUGCGGACCUGCGUGGCUUGAGACAUUUGACAGCACUUGACGUGGCAGAUUUGACAGCCGGCAUGCGCAGAAAGCCCAGCGACACCAAAACUACACAAUAUCUGAACAAAGUAUUCUAUUUGUGUUUGUUCAUUUGUUUAAUCAAGAAUUUUACACACCUCACAGAUGGAAGCUUACAGUCGUCAUGCAUGAAGAUAAAAUGACUUCGUUACAACCAUGAUUUGCAGAUGCUGUGCGUGGAGGUUCAGGAGCAGAAGUCCAGGGUCUGCUACACGCUCCAAAAGCCCAGACAAUGAUGGCUCACGGCAUUUUUGUUUGGGAGCUCGAUAAUCGUGCGAUGAAAGCACGGAUGCGUCCGACACCGCUCAGUUACUGGAUCUUUUUAAGAGGAGUGGACAAUGACAUGAACGUGAGUGAAGAGUUUCUGGACCUCCAGAGUCUGAAGGGCCAAAUAAGAGGAACUGAUUUAUUUGUUUCUGUUUGUUCCACCGUAGAUGACAUGAAACUACAGUGGAAUAAAGUCACCGGGAUUAUUACGGACGGCGCACCUGCCAUGGCUGGCGAGCGGAGUGGAUUAUCAAGCCUUGUCUGUAACAAAGUCAGCGAAGAAGGAGGCAGCGCUAUUAAACUCCACUGUAUUAUUCAUCAAGAAGUUCUCUGUGCCAAAUAUAUGAAAUAUGAUAAUGUUAUGAAACCGGUGAUAAAGACUAUUAAUUAUAUUCGCUCCAAAGCGCUGUGCCACCGCCAGUUUCAACAGUUUCUUCUCGACAUCCAGGCUGAAUACGGAGAUGUUUUGUAUCACACCGACGUAAGGUGGCUCAGUCGGGGGUCUGCGCUGCAGCGCUUCUUCUCUCUCAGGGAGGAAAUUGGACAAUUCUUGACUAAAAAGGGACAACCCAUGCCACAAUUAAAUGAUCCUGUUUGGCUGGUUGAUUUGGGAUUUUUAGUUGACAUAACGCGACAUCUGAAUGCGCUGAACACAAGCCUUCAAGGGCAAAAUGCAGUGGUAAGCCAACUGUAUUCACACAUCAAAGCCUUUCGGACCAAGCUGCUACUUUUCCAAAGACACCUGUCACAGGCGCAGCCCAAUACCGCACAUUUCCCGUCGCUGCAGGAAAUUGUGACCAGUUUCCCACAGAUCAAUAUCAGUGCGCAAAUGACAAAGUAUGCAGCAGACAUCUCAUCUCUGGUUGAGGAGUUUCAGCAGCGCCACUGCUCUUGAGCCAGACAUGGACUACAUACUGCAGUCAAGAUCCCAGUAUCACCCUUCACAUUAGUGCAGGCAAGACCUUUGUUAAGUCCUCUGAGUUGAAUAAAUUCUUAAAUCUCAGUUAAUUAAUUUUUUUGUGAUGGUCAAAAUCACAGUUUGAAUAUGCAGUGAUCAUUGUUUUGUUUUCAGCACUUUUCCUACAGUGAGCAUAUAAUAGUGAAUAAUAUGUAAUGUUUCACAUGAACUUAGAUAUCCUUUAUAGUUUUCUUAAUUUUUUGUGGUUUGUGAUUUCGGUAAAAACCUAAAUGUAAAAAAAAAUGUAAAAGUAAAAGUAUGCCAUUUGUAAUUAAAUUUAAAAAAAUCCCAAAAAGUUAAUUUGUAUUUAAUGUUAAUGGUUCAAAGAAUGUCAGGCUAAAUAGUCGGCCCCCACACAUUUUCACCUUACCAAAUCUGGCCCUCUUUGCAAAAAGUUUGGACACCCCUGAUCUAGAGAAAGCCUAUAACAGAGUACCAAGAGAGGAACUGUGGUACUGCAUGCGCAAGUCUGGUGUGGCGGGGAAAUGUGUUAGAAUAGUACAGGACAUGUAUCAGGACAGCCAAAUUUGUAUGUUUUGGAGACAAGUUUCGAGAGGGCAGACUUCAAUGGUUUGUAUAUGUCUCGAGGCAAGAGAGUGGCUAUAAUGGUCGAUGGGUGCUGAGGAUGGAGCUGCCAGGCAAAAGAGCGAGAGGAAGACCAAAGAGAAGGUUGAUGGAUGUUGUGAGGAAAGACAUGAGGGCAGUUGGUGUUCGAGAGGAAGAUGCAGGAGAUAGGCUUAGAUGGAAAAAGAUGACACGGUGUGGGAACACCUCACGAGACAAGGUGAAAGGAAAAGAAGACAUUUGCACCUGUUAUUUGUCUCAUGUGUUAAUGCUGGUUUCACCUGACUGAUAAGAAUACAUGAUGUGACUGGAGCAGUGAUUUCCAACUGGGGUAAAGGCACAUAUUUUACAAUUGAAAAAUCUCACGGCACACCAACAAUUAAAACUGUCACAAAAGGUGGCCACAUUAAUUACUGCAUGUACUUCCUGCUAUUUCAAUAGAAGACUCUUCAUUUCUUCUUUAUGUCACUUUGCCUCACUGGCAUUAUUUCUCUAUCAAUUUCUGAGCCGCUUAAAAUGAUGAGUGUCACAGCAGUGCUAGUCCCUAUCCCACCUGUCAUUGGGCAGGAGGCAAUUAAUGCAUCUUUUAGGGAAGUGGGAGGAAAUCGGAGUGCCCGGAGAAAAUUCAAGCAGGCACAGGAAGAACAUGCAAACUCC